CCCAAACUAAACAUGCAAAAUCAUGCUAACGGGAACAAAAGGUUUUCAAUUAAUGUAAUUGUAUUGUUAGAUUCUCCCCUGUUCAGUUGUAUGCCCAAGUGUAAAAUAUCUUGCGUGUAAUCAUUUUUAAUGGGGCUGUUGCAGAGUCCCAAGUUAAAUUAAGCAAGCACCUCCGGAGAUCAUUUGCCAACCACACCUGGGUUUGUGUUAUCCAUAUACAUACAGCUAGAUUAUUUGCAUGUGAGCAAACAUUACGUCCAGUCUGUGGGGAAUCGCUGACAUAUUUCCAAGAUCUGAAAUUCUCCAAGUCUUGCUUAGUUUACAGUUGCAACGGAAUCAUGGACAACUCCACAAAGUGCUGCGCUUUCGAUGCACCCAUCUUGGACCAAGUCCUACCGCCAAUUCUGUUCACGGAAUUCAUAUUCGGCCUAAUGGGAAACGUCCUCGCCCUCUCGAUGUUCUUCUUCCAUAUGGACAGCUGGAAGCCCAAUUCUGUUUACCUCGCUCACCUGGCUGUGGCAGACUCGGUGGUCCUUUUCUGCCUGCCGUUCAGGGCCGACUACUACCGUAGGGGCAAGGACUGGGUCUAUGGAGAUGCUUUUUGCCGCAUUUUGCUGUUUCUCUUGGCCGCCAACAGGGCAGCGGGCAUAUUCUUCCUAACUGCAGUUGCCGUGGACCGUUACCUGAAGAUUGUACACCCACUCAACCGCAUCAACCGAAUGGGUCUGCGCUACGCCCUCUGGGUCUCUCUUCUUCUAUGGGGUCUUAUCAUAGCCAUGACCGUCUACCUUCUAACAGACAAACAUUUCUACUAUCGAAACAACCGCACCCAAUGUGAGAGUUUUAAUAUUUGCAUGGGGCAUAAUUCACUGUCGGACUGGCACAAUUCAUUCUAUGUAAUCCAAUUCUUUUUGCCAACAGGCAUUGUUAUCUAUUGCACUACUUGCAUUACAUGGCAGUUGAAGAAUAAGACCGUGGACACUCAGGGAAAAAUCAAGAGGGCUGUCAAGUUUGUCUUGGCAGUGGCUUUGGUUUUCAUUAUUUGUUUCUUCCCCAGUAACAUCUCUCGUAUCGCCGUGUGGGUUCUGAAGGCCUGGUAUACUGAGUGCCAAUAUUUCCGUGACGCAAAUGUGGCUUUUUACACUACCGUCUGCUUUACCUACUUCAACAGUGUGCUAAACCCCCUCGUUUAUUAUUUUUCCAGCCCUGCGUUCAGUGGGACUUUUAGGAAACUUUAUUUGAAACUUCUAGGAAAGAAAAUGGAAGAGGAAGAUGCUGAGAAGAAUCAUUGUUCUGUUACAGCAUCUACUGCCUCAAACAAGUGAAAUCAUUAUAUAAUAUUUCUUAUUAAUUCAGAUGUAAAUCAUAGCUGUAAAGGCAUAUUGAUAUAUAACGCAUCUAUCUGUGACCUCUUGAAGUAACCUUAAACAAACUGAAUUACAAAAAUAAGUUGUCUUAUUAUAAAAAGAUACUAAUCAGCAUGCUUUAGUUUUAUAUAUUUAUCUAUACUCUUAUUUAAAGCACUGUUGUGAUACUUUUCCAAAAUGAAUGGCCUAUAUUGCCCUUUUUUGGGGGAUCGGAGUACCAACUUCAGAGCUCCAUAAAUAAUGAUUGCAUUUGUGUUGCCUUUUCAGUAAAAAUAACUUUGUAAUAUCCCCCAAAAUCUUGGAAGUUGGCACCUCCAUAGAUCUACAAACACGAAGUUAAUAAAUGUCUUCAAUAGUCUUAUUGGUUUGUCUGUAUAAUUAUUUUAUCACAGGGACCUAUCUUGUUUGUAGUAUUUUUCUGCGAUAGACAGUCUGUUUUAAUA